UAAACAAAAAAAAAUUCUAGAAAAAAAAGAAAAAAUAAAUGGAAAAAUUCUUAUGCAAGCAAGCAAGCAUACUUUUCGGGAGAGUUCAUAUUAUGGAGAUGCUUUGAAAGCAAGAAAAAGAAAAACCAUCCACAGACAAGAAAAACAUCUUAAGCACUCUGCGUAAGCGUGUGAAAAAUAACAAUACAAAGCAGAGAAAGAUGUCAACUGCAUUACAUUCGUAUUAACGGAGAACAUAACAAAUUAUCUCGAACGGAAGUAACAAAAAUCCGCUUCUUUUUUUUUUUUUUUCUUUUUCUUUUUGAAAAUGUGCCAUUCCUCCUUAUUUCAAACUGGGUUGACAUUUGUCAAUCGCGCCGUCGUCGUGACAUGGAGAUCCGUUACGCUUGGAAGAGUACUAAUUUUGAUAAUAAUUGCCUGCCUGAUGCCCAUCAAACAUUGUGCCAAAAUAGAAAAUACUCAGAUACGUUUACUUAUUAACGACGAAGACUUACUUAAUGAAAAGUUAUCAGAUCAUGAAGCCAGCACUACUACUGUCAAAGAAAAACAUGAAGAUCAUUAUAAUUUAUAUCGCAGCGAAUUAAAGCGUUUAUCUUACGAGACAAUAUAUCGUAUCUUAAGAGACGAAAAUGAGCCCAUGUACCGGCCCGAAGACGUUGAAAUGAGAUAUUAUCAAAAACGAUCGCCAUCAUCAUCCUCCCCGUCUUCGCCGCCGGACUGUCAUCAUCCUCGUCAUCAUAAUGAUGAUGAUGGUCACGAUCUACAGAAAAGAUCUUUAAAAGGAACGACAUUGCUUAACUUAACUAAAAUGAAUUUAAAAAAAUUUCCGCCGUAUCCGCAUGUGCUACAUGAUUACGAGACAUUGCUUUCGUUGGAUUUAAGCGAAAAUUAUUUAGAGACGGUAAACAUAGAGGAGUUUAGUCGACUACAGUUUUUAAAUUUGUCUCAUAAUCGUUUAAGCGUUACACCGUUGUGGCGAAAUUCGUCAUUAAUCUCAUUAAAUCUAAACUACAAUCGUUUGAAAUCAUUUUCUCCAGCGUACGACAUGAAAUUACGUGAAUUAUAUCUUUGCUGCAAUGAAAUCGAGAGUCAGGCUUCGUUGAAUUUUACAAUUUUGUAUAACUUGGAAGUGCUAGAUUUAUCCGGCAAUCGUUUAGAGAGCCUAGACAGUUCUUUGUUUCCGCAAAUGAUGCAUAAUUUACGUGUAUUAAAUUUGGCUAAUAAUCAGUUCGUUACUGUCUAUCGCGAAACAUUCUAUAACCUGCUAAGCUUAAACACGUUACUAUUAGCGGGGAACAACAUCAGCGAUAUCGAUUAUGAAACAUUUUUGGCUUUACCGAAUCUUCAAUACUUGGAUUUAUCUUAUAAUCAGCUGCAAGGAAAGUCGAUACGGGCUUUACAGGGUAUAACGGGACUGGUGGCUUUAUCGAUCGCCUUCAAUCCUCAUUUGGGUCCAUAUAUGCAAGAGUUUGUAGCCUCUUGGAGUCUAAAGGAGCUAGAUGCCAGCGGAACGGGCUUAUGCCAAAUACCAGCAGCCUUAGCGCUAUCAGUAAGAUCACUGGGAUUGACUCACAACUGGUUAAAGAUCAUUAAUUGCGGCGACUUGGACAGCUAUCCAUUGCUGCAAUAUUUGGAUUUAUCUUUUAGCCGAAUUGAGGAAAUCGAAGACGACGCUUUGGGUAGAUUAGAGAUACUUGAAAUAUUAAUGCUCGAUCAUAAUAGUCUUCGUAAGGUGCCCAUGAGUUUACCCAAUUCUUUGGAACAUUUAUUUUUGCAACACAAUGAUAUAAUGGAUUUACAACUGACAUCGUUUCAAGGUUUAAAUAAUUUGCAGACUUUGGAUUUAUCCUACAAUAAAUUGCUUUAUUUACCGGCUUUACCGUUGCCUAAACUGCAAACACUUAAUUUGCAAUCGUCCGACCUGCGUGGCAUCAAUCAGGCCAUUGUGCAUACUCUGCCAAGGCUGAGUGAUCUAAUGUUGGAGGAAAAUCCCAUAAAAUGCAGCGAUUUAUUGGGUAUCGCGGAAUGGGCGAGUAGUUGCCGUUUAACAUUCAAAGAGGAAGAAGAGCAAGAAUUUUACGAUAAAACGGAAGCCAAAGAGACGACGACGACGAUGAGUAGCGAUUUAAAAAGGAAAUUUAUUAAAAUACAUAAUUUCUAUGAAAAAUUCCAAGACGAGAAACAAAAACAUGGAGAGCAAAAUGAACGAAAGAAAAGCGAAAAUUUAAUGGAGGAAACUACAGAAGAAGAAUUCACUCCGUUUUGUGCGCGAGAGGUGGAAAGAGAAAAAAGUUGCCACGAAAAUGAAGAGAAAACCGCAAAUGUUAAAUUAAAUAUUAAAAAAGAAAAUAUUUCGCAAGAAGGUCUUAAUUCAAACUUUGUGGCAGUAAAAACAACACCAACGCCAGCAACAACAGCAGCAACAACAACAAUAACAAUGUUUUCCACAUUAGCACCGACAGUUGCACAAAGAACUUUAUCAUCAAUAGAAAUAAAAAAUAAUGAAGCAGUAGUUACGGAUGCAGCAGUUCAGACAACGGAUUCAACAAAAAUUGAAAUAAGACAAAAUAAAAAAGAACAACAAAAUGAAAACAACAUUAAAAAUAAUAAUAAGAACAAGAUGAACAGCAGCAACAGCAACAGCAACAGCAACAGCAACAGCAAUAUUACCACAAAAACUUUACGGAAUUCUGUAACUCGCAAAGAAGUUACAACAGUUCCUGAACAACAACAACAACAACAACAACAACCACAACCGCAACAACAACACAGUAGACAGCAGAAGAGAAUUACGGAAAUUCCAAUACUGGCAGCAACCAGAGACCAGUUGGAUGCUGCUGCUGCCGCAGCUGUAUUAACGGAAGACAUACCGAAUACAGUGCGAGCUGAACGACGUGCCAAUCACAAUAAAACUUUCAGUGAAAAACAAAUGGCAGCAAAUUUAUCAGAGUUGCCAACAACAACAGCUGCAACAGCAAUUAUUUCGGCCAAAAAAUCCGCAAUAACGAUAUCAGCACCACCAGCAUCAGCAUCAGCACCAGCACUAACUCAACCAAAAGUCAUAAAUUCUUUAAAAUUCAAAACCGCAAACAAAACAACAACGUUUACUAUAGCAAGUACAACUACAAGUGUUUCUAUCACUCGGGUACCGCGAACAGAUAUGAAUUUCGAGUUAAAAGCAUUAAAUUCAACCUUAGGAUCCACAAAUAUAUAUAACCGUGAUAACCCGGCGAACACCGAAACCAACACCCACAACGUUAAUAUGUCCAUUAGCAAUAAAAAUAAAAAUAUAAAUCACAGCAACAACAACAACAGCGUUAAUAUUGUAUUAGCUUCAAAUAUGCAGGCACUUAACAAUAAAGAUUUAAUACCAAACAGCAACAGCAACAGCAACAGCAAUAACAAUAACAAUAACAAUAGAAAAGCCAAUGGCAAUACUACGACUACUAACAAUAGCAACAACAAAAUAAUGAUUGUCACAUCAUCAUCAUCAUCAUCACCGUCAUCAUCAUCAUCAUCAACGUCAAUAGCAUCUCAUGAAACUAAUACAUUGCCAGUAAAGUGGAACAAAACAGCAAUAACAGCGACAACACCAACAAUGACAAUGGCAACCACCAUAACGAAUGUCGAGGACAUGAUGAUAAAGUACAAGAAGAAACACAAUAGCAGUGAUCAUGCGUUUGUUGAAAAUGAUGUCAAUGCUGUUGUUAAAUGUAUGCAAUCAAACUCGAAUGACGUCGGUGAGUGCAUUUCCGUUGAACCCCAGCAAGUAAAGCAGCAACAGAAUGAAUUGAAAAAUGAAGAAAAAAUUGGUACAUUGCCAACAACAAUGGCAAGACAGGCCAUAACAACAACGUCGAAAGCAAUGACAUCUGCAAUACAGCAGCAGCAGCAGCAGCAGCAGCAGCAGCGGCAACAACACCACCAACAACAGCGUCACAGGCAUGAACCUUUACAAUUACAGGUUAGAGAUAGACAUUUGAUAGGUACGCCACUGCUAAUGCAUAAAGGAGAAAAUCUAAUGGUAGAAGCAGAUGAGCUAAUAUUAACCAAAAAAAAACCAAUGACCAAAGCAACCAUUGAAACCAAAGACGAGAUAACCAAAUAUAUUAAGGGUAACGAUGCUUACGCCGAUGGCCGUCGAGAACAACAUCAUUUAAAUAUGUUCCUGGAUAAAAGCCAACUAACAAAAGCUUUACGAGAUAAAGAACAAUCUGAUUCCGAAAUGAGUUUGGCAACGGUUAAGACGACUAUUCAAGCCAUAAAAUCGAACGCAACAGAAGUUACCAUCAAUAAAGCAAAGAAACCCUCAUUGGUGAUGAAGAAAAUGACUAUCAUAACCAAACAGCAUGAACCACAGCCACCACAACAUACCUUUAUAACAAAUAAAGAUAAUGAAGUCAUAGCAAAGACUUUCGAUAACAUGAAUUUUCAAGAAUUAAGGCCUAAAGAAACAAAAGAAAGCCAUGGCCAUAAACACAGCACGGUUAAUACACCAUUACACCAAAUAGGAGCUAAGGCUAUAUACGAGCCGCAUACCUUUCAGCAUGAACAUGAUAUGAUAAUGAAACAAUUGCUGCAACAUCAACAGCAGCAACAUCAGCAGCUGCAGCAGCAGCAGCAGCAGCAACAACAACAACAACAACAACAAAGACAGCAGCAGGAUGUAAAAAUUUCAAAAACAGAGCAUUGGUUAGAUAUACGAAAGUCGGAUAAAAGAAAUUCUCAUUCCGGCCUAGUGUUGUUGAUGUCAUUGGGUUUGUUUGUUGUGCUUUUGUUAGGACUAAUGCAUGUGUAUCGCUGCGAUAUCCCGUGGCGGCGACACAUCUCCGCGACCUCUGCCACUGCCCAAUUGCGUCCCCAUCAACGUCACAACUCUUCUAUGGAAGACGAUUCACAUAGUUUUCUAAGCUACCAGGAAGGCGUGCAAAAAUGGCAUCAUAGUGCGCGUCAACAACCGCCUUAUAGCUCACCCCUGCAUAAUUUGCAUGUUAGGGAAUUGCAAAAAACCUCGGCUACCGAAGUCAUACCAAUAGUAAGAACCAGUGCUACGACAAACAUUAGUACAAAAAGUCAGCAACAUUGGAACAAUAGCACUUUGGCGGCUCGUAAUAGCAGAUGUUCGGCAAAUUCUCAAAGCACCAGUUCCAGUACAGCAAGCAGUAUAUCAGCUUCUUCCUCGGCCAUUCUAGAUGACGAAUCAUUUUAUAUUGAAAUGACACCCGAUUCGGGGCAAAUAGCGUGUGCCCUCAACAGUGAACUAUUGCCUAUGGAAUUAUUAAAUUUAGCCAAACAGAAACAAUCAAGACGAGACCUCACGAUUAAUUCAAUCACACAAACUUCUAUGGGGGAUGAUCAUACGGCACCGCCGCAACAACAACGCAUAAUGCAUACGCAAACAGUGAAAACAUUAUCUUCAACGUCAUCGUCAUCGCCUGCUGCCCCCUCUAUUGUUGUCGCUGAUACAAAACAACUGGCGCCGAGUGCGAGAAAAUUCAGCUUAUGGUGACAAACAUUGCUACAACGUCAACAACAAUACGCACCAUUUCAUUAAGAGACUGCCGCCUGCCUACGGUGUGUAAAUCGCAUUGUCUUCACAUCGUGUGAACGGUGAUAGAAAAUCAUGGAAUGACAAAAUAAUCGUAAACAUCGUGUCGUCGGUAUGUAUGUAUUAUUGAAUGCGUAUCAGUUUUAUUAUUAUAGUGUAAGUUUGAAAUAGUUCAGUAGUUAUAUAUAUAUAUAUGCUGCGUAUAUGUAUGCAUUAAGUAGUUGUGUAAGUAGUUAUGUUUUUCCUUUAUCUUUUUUUAUAAAUUAGGAUAUUUUAACAAACUCUCAAAGUGACAAAAUGACAUUAAGAAAAACCAAAAAAAAAAAAAAAAAAAAAAAAAACAUAAAAUAAUUAUAGGCACAGAAGAUAUUCAAACUAUGAGGCGACUUGACAGGGAUCUUCUAAUAUAUCGGAAGUCUCGGAACGGAAUUUCUCAAGAAACGAUAUUAAGCCAAACAUUUUCGUUUUUUACCAUAAAGCGCUCCCUACGGUUGCUUGCUAUGCAUAUAUGACACAUCUUAGUGAUAGCUACCAGAAUUUUAGGUGAGUGGGUUCACUUUUUAGUAAUGGCGCAGGAAAUAAGUUUUAUCGUUUCACUGUGUCUCUAGAGUUUAAAGAGGAAGCCAAGGAAGAACUUCACAAUCUUAUAAGUAACUGAAUUUUAUCUGGAUGUUUUCACGUAUCCAUAAUGGCAGGGAAAAGAUAAUUAACUUCGCCGUUGUAUCCAGAGUUUAUUUAUCAUCUUGAUAGCAGUAAUGGCACUGUUGUAUGUAGGCGUCAGAAUCAUAGGUCGAUAAGUUGAUGUAUUUAACUAACUAUUGCAAUAGUGUCCGCAAUUCCUCUUCAAUGUGU